AGUCAUUUUGUUAAAAUGUCAAAUAAAAACUUUGGUGUCUUAAUAAUUACCUUGCUGGUAUUUUGCGCAGUUCUUGGAGUCAAUUCACAUAACGAUAAUCCGGGACAGUUACCAACGAAUUGUGCUGAAGCAUUAAGAAAUUAUAAAAAUAGUGGCAUCUACCAAAUUUAUAUACCAAAAUCAGGACUUAAGCCAUUUUACGUAUACUGUCUGCGAGAUCCAAACAAUGGUCCCGGGUGGACAAUUAUUCAAAGGCGUCAGGAUGGUGCUAUAAACUUCUUUCGCAAAUGGAUUGAUUAUAAAUUAGGUUUCGGUAAUCUGGAGGGCGAAUACUUUAUUGGAUUAGAGAAAUUACAUGCUAUGACAAAUAAUGGAAUUCAGGAAUUAUGGUUUCAAUUAGAAGAUUUUGCGAAUGAAACUCGUACUGCAUAUUAUAGUAGUUUUGCUAUUGAUGAUGAGAGUGCGAAAUACUCAUUAAGUAUGGUUGGUAAAUAUUCUGGCAAUGCAGGAGACUCUUUUACUGUUCACGCUGGUGCAAAGUUCUCAUCAUAUUUAUCGUAGUUUAAGAGUAUUUGCUUUAGGUAAUAAAUAUUUUU